CCCCCUCUACUGUUCUACACAAGGAGCUCUCUCUCUGUCUCUCCUCCCUCUCUCCCUGCUACAGUCACACAAACAUACACACACUGCCAUAGACACAAAGCAACAAGCCUGACACUCAUGCACAUUGAGCUAUAGGCGGAAGAUGGCUGAGCUGACAGCAGGGCACUCACAGCCCCUCAGCCUGGCAUCACCAGCCCUCCCUGUACAGCUCCCUCCUCACACAGUUCCUGACGCCUUUCACCUCUGAACACAUUGGGUGGGUGGGGGGGAAUCGCCACUUCCCAUUACUGCUCCCCCCAAUCCCCCAAACACUUUAUAAUCUAGCAGCCAUUUCAGCAGUAGAAGACAGAAACACACACACACUGAAAAAAUGGCAGAAAUGGAAAAAGAGGGGAGACCCCCAGAAAAUAAGAGAAGCAGGAAACCUGCCCACCCUGUGAAAAGAGAGAUCAACGAGGAGAUGAAGAACUUUGCUGAAAACACCAUGAAUGAACUUCUUGGAUGGUACGGCUAUGAUAAAGUAGAACUGAAGGAUGGAGAAGACAUUGAAUUCAGGAACUAUCAUGCAGAUGGGGAAAAUCGGCAGCACAUUUCUGUUCUCAAAGAAAAUUCUUUGCCAAAACCAAAAUUACCCGAGGACAGUGUUAUAUCACCAUUCAAUACAAAUAUAAACUAUUCAGGGCUUGCUACAGGAAAUGGGCUGGCAGAAUUACCAGCGGGGUCAAAGGAUCAUGGAAAUAUGCCCAUUGUGGUACCUCCACCGUUCAUGAAACCACCAGCAGAGGAUGAUGUUUCAAAUGUGCAAAUCAUGUGUGCUUGGUGCCAGAAAGUUGGAGUGAAACGCUACUCCUUAAGCAUGGGAAGUGAAGUGAAAAGCUUUUGCAGUGAAAAGUGCUUUGCUGCUUGCCGACGAGCAUAUUUCAAAAGGAACAAGGCUAGAGAUGAAGAUGGACAUGGUGAAAAUUUCCCCCAGCAGCACUAUGCUAAGGAAACUCCGAGACUUGCCUUCAAGAAUAACUGCGAACUACUUGUAUGUGAUUGGUGUAAGCAUAUAAGGCAUACUAAAGAAUAUCUUGAUUUUGGGGAUGGCGAGAGAAGACUUCAGUUCUGCAGUGCAAAGUGUCUAAAUCAAUACAAAAUGGACAUUUUUUACAAAGAGACACAAGCUAACCUUCCAGUUGGACUGUGUAACUCAUUACAUCCUUCAGUUGAUAAUAAAGCAGAAGGCACCGGGGUACAGUUGCUGACUCCAGAUUCUUGGAAUAUACCGCUGACAGAUGUACGCAGAACUGUUCCCUCCCCAGUGUCUGCAACAGGCCAAAUUCAAGGACCUGGAUCAUCAGCGUCUGCCACUGCCUCCCCAUCUGAAACUGCCAAUAACUGUGUUACUAAAAUCCCUACGCCAGUUCCUAAAUCCAUUCCUAUGAACGAGAGUCCAGUUAUUGUUCCAUCACCUGCCAGUAUUGUGCCUCCCAUGGGCCUGCCACCCAGAAGUCCUCCGAUGAUAAUGACAAAUCGAGGACCGGUUCCUUUGCCUAUUUUCAUGGAGCAGCAAAUUAUGCAGCAAAUUCGCCCCCCUUUUCUUAGGGGUCCCCAUGGCUCAAAUCCUAACAGCCCUUUACCCAAUCCAAUGAUUCCUGGGAUGGGGCCGCCACCAGGUGGUCCCAGAGUUUUGGGCCCCACUUCUAGUCCUAUGCAUAGACCAAUGUUAUCACCUCAUAUCCAUCCAGCUACCACACCUACAAUUCCUGGAAACCCCCCAGGGUUGCUUCCACCACAUCCACCUGGAGGUCAUUUACCCAGUCUUCCUUUCCCCCCAAUGGGCAUGAUGCCAAAUGGCCCUAUGCAUAUGCCACAGAUGGUAAAUUUUGGUUUGCCAUCACUUGCUCCAUUAGUGCCACCACCAACCCUUUUAGUGCCAUACCCUGUCAUUGUUCCUUUACCUGUUCCAAUACCUAUUCCUAUUCCCAUUCCUCAUGUAGUUGAUUCCAAACCCCCUAACGACUUCUCCAGUAAUGGUGAAAGCAUCAUUCCAAGUUCAUCUUGUGACACUCCUGGGGCAAAGCCACAGGAUACAUCUUUGCCUUCAAGGGAUUCUAAGCAGAGGUCUUUGAAGAGUUCUGAUUCCUCUCCUGGUGGUUCAGGGCAAUCUUCUCACCAGGCCCCUGUGCUUCAAGAGCACACUAAAACUGAAGUAGUGGAUUUGACAACGAGGACAGCAAGCCCAGAAAACAAGCUUAGCAUCCCUAAUAUACUUCAGGUACCCCAGGAUGGAGUUAUAGACUUAACCGUGGCACACAGAUCUAGACUUCAUAAUGUAAUUCAUAGAGCCCUUAAUACUCACUUAAAACUUGAACGUGAACCUAGCAGUGUUGUAAACCUGGCCUUUGGAAAAGUAGAUAAAAACAACUGUAGUGACUGCAGGGACAGUUGUAGCCCAGGAGAAACAAAAACAUUUCCGUCUAGUGAUCCUUUUUGUGGCCCUAUUUCAGUUGCCUCCAGCACUCCUGGGCAUGAAACCAGUGCAAACGUUUGUAAUGUCAUUGUAAAUGGUACAAAGAGCGCAGAAGGUACUAAGAACUAUGAAAAAAAUCAUGAGCAAAAAAAGACACUACUAGACAAGGAACCAGCUGUAAGUGAGCUGGAAUCUGUUAAAGAAAACAAUUGUAGUUCAAACUGUCAUUUAGAAAUUGAUGCCAGCAAGAAGAGUCUUGUGGAAGAGUCCCUCACAACUGGGGACAAGCAAGACCCCAACCUUAAUAAUCCUGCAGAUGAGGACCAUGCUUAUGCUUUGCGAAUGUUGCCUAAAACAGGUUGUGUUAUCCAGCCUGUGCCAAAACCAGCCGAAAAGACAGGAAUGGCUCCACGCGUAGUCUCUACACCAAUUCUCAGUACAGGGACAGAGGAUUUGGAGCCGCCAUUGAAAAGGAGGUGUCUCCGUAUUCGAAAUCAAAAUAAGUAAAGGAUGCUGAAUGACAGAGUAUCUUGCAUACAGAAAGGGAGCAGUGUAACUAUAUAUCUCCACCAAAUGUCACCAGCUGGUCCAUACCAUCUUACCUUCUGCCCAGGCUAAGAAAGUUUUCUGCAGCUUUUGCCUAUCACCUGAUUUUGCAAGAAAAACCUUUCAAUCUGGAUUCAUAGGAUGAUGAUCAUUCCUCACUUUAUACUACCCAGCAAGUGAGCCUGCCUUUAUUUUACCCGGUGUGUUUUCUCAAGCAUAUGGACCAACACAGUACUCACCCUCCCAAUGCCAUUGUUUUCUAAACCUACGACUGGAAGUAAAGUGAACUUCAGCUUUUUUUUUAAGACUGUUAUGGUUUUGCUGCUACAAUGAAAAUUGUACUUUGCGUUAGUUAAUAGAACUGUUUAAAAGGGUAAAAGGUUUUGUACUGGAGUAGCAAGACUUCAAAGUCAUCUCUUUCUUACCCAAAAUGCACUUUUAAUCAAAGAAUUUUAACCAUUUUAUUGGCUAAUGUUUUUUUGUUUUUUUUUAAAGAAAGGCCACCUUUAAAUCUAAUGCCAUAUUUUCAGUAUUAGGCUGUAUGUAUUUGAAUCCUGAGUACAGAGCAGAAUGAAUAGUUUAUAUUGUGGUUUUUUUGUACAGGCUAGAUGGCAAAAGGAGAUCUGCAAAUGUUUAUUCUCCUCCACUUUCUUUAAGUGAACUCCCCCUAAAUGGCACCCCAAUCAGGAACAGAGGAAAAAGCAUUAAGCUAAAGACCAAAAUUCCCUUAAGGUGUAAAAUAAUCCAAGGGGGAAGGGAGGAGAUAUUUGCAGAGCGUCAUAGUAGAUAUGGAUGAAAUUUCACCCCUGAUAGUUUUCAGUGAUCCAGGAAGCCAGCAAUACAAUCUCUCCACAUAUACAGAGCCCUUUUCAUAGUAAUUGGAAUAGUAUGGGCAUGCCAGUGACGGAAUGGGGGACAAAGUGGAUUUUUUUUCCCCAGACACCCCUGUGUGUAGUACAACCCACUUGCUUUUCCUGCUGAGUAUUCUGUUUCAGUGUUUGCUUACUUCUGUCUCGAUUAAGAGAAAUGUGCAAUUCAAUCCUCAGUCACUGGUCAAAGGAUAACAGGGUAGAAUUCACAGUAACUUGUGUGCACUUGUACAGAUGUAGCCAAGAGUCCAAAAUUACACUAGUUUAGAGCAUGUAUGCUGGCACUGAACAUUAAAAAAACAUAAAGAAAAUGAAAAAAAAAAA